AUCGCUUCCCCUAUGACAGCUUAUAAGCGUGAUUUGGAGCUGUCUAUCCAGUGUCAGUAAAUUUCCGACCACGGUUCGCUGCGUGAGCUUCUCCAAAUCCUCCGGCGAGCUGGCAAAGAUGAAGACAAACGAAGGAGGCGGCGCCUGAGGAGCCUGGGGUCCCCGAACACCGGUGGCGCCGCUGACCACGCCCUGGGGGCUCUUCGGGUGCCCUGGCGCCCGCGCUCCCGGGCCCCUGAGCUCUCCCGGCCGCCGUCCUCCCGCCGCCGGAGGCGCUGUGGGCCACCGGGGCCUGUGCAGACACCGUGGCGGCCGCCGCUCGGCUACCGGGGGUGGGUGGUCGGGCCCAGGGAGCCCCGACCGCGACGGCGCUGCUGCCAUGGCUACAAAAGACCCCACAGCUGUAGAGAGAGCGAACUUGCUAAACAUGGCUAAGUUGAGCAUCAAGGGGCUCAUCGAAUCCGCCCUGAGCUUUGGCCGCACACUGGACUCGGACUACCCGCCCUUGCAGCAAUUCUUUGUUGUCAUGGAGCACUGUCUGAAACACGGUCUCAAAGUAAGAAAGUCAUUUUUGAGUUAUAACAAAACCAUCUGGGGCCCUUUAGAGCUGGUGGAAAAGUUGUACCCAGAAGCAGAGGAAAUAGGAGCCAGUGUCCGGGAUUUACCGGGUCUUAAGACGCCGCUGGGCCGGGCGAGGGCUUGGCUGCGGUUAGCCCUCAUGCAAAAGAAGAUGGCUGACUACCUGCGCUGCCUGAUUAUUCAGAGAGAGCUCCUGAGUGAAUUCUAUGAGUAUCAUGCACUGAUGAUGGAGGAGGAAGGAGCUGUGAUUGUCGGGCUGCUGGUUGGCCUGAACGUGAUAGAUGCCAAUCUGUGCGUAAAGGGAGAAGAUUUAGAUUCCCAAGUUGGAGUGAUUGAUUUUUCCAUGUAUCUGAAGAGUGAAGAAGAUAUUGGAAAUAAAGAAAGGAAUGUCCAGAUUGCUGCCAUUUUGGACCAAAAGAAUUACGUUGAAGAAUUAAAUAGACAACUCAACAGCACAGUCAGCAGCCUCCAUUCAAGAGUUGACUCAUUAGAAAAGUCAAACACUAAGCUGAUUGAAGAGUUAGCAAUAGCAAAGAAUAACAUAAUUAAGCUCCAAGAAGAAAAUCAUCAAUUACGAAGUGAAAAUAACUUGAUUUUAAGGAAGACACAGCAGCACCUAGAGGUCACCAAAGUGGAUGUGGAAACUGAGCUGCAGACCUACAAGCAUUCGCGGCAGGGGCUGGAUGAAAUGUACAACGACGCCCGGCGGCAGCUGCGCGAUGAGGCCCAGUUACGGCAGGAUGUAGAGAAUGAGCUUUCGGUACAAGUGAGUAUGAAACAUGAGAUUGAACUUGCCAUGAAACUUCUGGAGAAAGAUAUCCAUGAGAAGCAAGACACGCUGAUAGGCCUUCGCCAACAGCUAGAGGAAGUCAAAGCCAUCAACAUAGAGAUGUAUCAAAAGCUGCAGGGUUCUGAAGAUGGUUUGAAAGAAAAAAAUGAAAUAAUUGCCCGACUAGAAGAAAAAACCAAUAAAAUUACCACAGCCAUGAAGCAGCUAGAACAAAGAUUGCAGCAAGCAGAGAGGGAGCAAGUGGCGGCGGAAGGCGAGGACGAGAAGUGCGUGCAGGAGUGCCUGAGCCGGGCGGCCGGCCUGCAGCAGCGGAUCGCGUGCAAGGAGCGGCAGCUGGCGCAGCUGGAAACCGACCUGAAGAUCGAGAAGGAGUGGAGGCAAGCGCUGCAGGAGGACCUUCAAAAGGAGAAGGACGCCCUGUCUCAUCUCAGAAACGAGACCCAACAAAUCGUCAGUCUUAAAAAAGAGUUCCUUAAUCUUCAGGAUGAAAAUCAGCAGUUGAAAAAAAUAUAUCAUGAACAAGAACAAGCUCUUCAAGAACUUGGCAACAAACUUAGCGAAUCCAAACUUAAAAUAGAAGAUAUAAAAGAAGCUAACAAAGCCUUGCAGGGACUGGUUUGGCUGAAAGAUAAAGAAGCAACACAUUGUAAGCUUUGCGAAACGGAAUUCUCACUUUCUAAGAGAAAGCACCACUGUAGGAACUGUGGGGAAAUCUUCUGUAAUGCCUGCUCUGACAACGAACUGCCCUUGCCCUCCUCACCGAAGCCGGUGCGGGUCUGCGACUCCUGCCACGCGCUGCUCAUUCAGAGCUGCUCGUCCAACCUGCCCUGACGCAGUGGCCUGCAUAGCUCCCAUGACCAAUCAAGGCCGUGAGACCACUGGGACUCCGCAUCCGUGCAGCCCUUCUUCAGUAGCCGAGUGGUGCUCAUGCCCUUCAUCUCUGUAAUGAACUCAUAGCAGCAACCAACAGUAGGAUUUGUUAUGAACUUGCCUCGUUACCGGACUCACCCACAGCAUGCUGAAUUGAAGCCGUGUGAUCCCCUGCAAGGCCUCACAGCACCCUGUACACACCUGCCUUACACUGAGAGCUGCCUCCCAAUGUGGCUCGGAUGGUUCUCGUUCCUGUCCAGUCGCCAUUGGAUGGUGCCGAAUCCUCCUCCUGCACUUUAAAGCUUUGCAACUAUCCAAGACUGGAAACGCACACUUUUUACGAGUAUUAACAUUGCCAAUUCAACAGAUUUGUUAUUCUGGUAAGAUUCCAAUUUAUUUUCCUUUUCCUCAUUUGCAACAGGAUAGUAUUUUACCCUACAGAAUUUACUUUGGCUCUUUCUAAAACUGUGCUAUCGAGUUUUUACCAUAAGCCAAUUGCAGAUUUUUCCAUAUGCCAAUUUCCAAUUUGUAACAGAAAGGGGGUCAGACUGUAAUUCAGAGGUAGUACAUAAACCGCUGCAGGGCUGACAGCAGGGAUAGGCUUACAUCCCCUGCAAAACUACACAUAAGCCCAGCACUCCCAAAGUGGAGACAGAGGAUCGCAAGUUUGAGCUGAGAAUGGGCAACACUUGGCUCUGGGACUGUGUGAAGACCCUGGGUUGAAUCCCAUGUACUGGAAUGGGGUGGGGAAAGAUGCUUCUCUAAGCACCUAGACCAAGAGAAACUGUUUCCUUCCCAUGACACAGGAUGGCAUCUGACAGAGCUUUCUAUCACACAUCGCCCGCUGAGUUAGCUGCUAGGAGGCAUUGCUGAAGUAACCCGAGACUGCAGUACGCAUCACAGCAGGUGUCACUCAGCCUGCCAAGCACCUCUAGUCAGGGUCUUGGGUCAGUGAAGAUGUGAUUUUGUCCUUCUGUGAAACAUACCUGACCUACUGCACGCUGAUUCAGUGAAUACUAACCUAGUUAUAUUGCUGAUAGCACUGGAAUUUAAACUGUAAUCACUCAUCAUCCGGGGUUUUACUUUUUUUAGCCAUGCCCUUUAAUUUUGUGAAUUUUCCAAGAAUAGCCUAUAGAAAUCAGACGUUUCUAAGUGUUUCAUGUAGUAAUUAUAGAUGUGUCCUUGCCUCAUAAGUACUUACUCUGCAGAUCUUUUCCUCAUGAGUAUAUACAUUAAGAUCUGACUUUCUAAAUUGCCAAAGUAUGAAACCCUUAUUUUACUUGAAGAUCUAUUUUUUCCAGAACCCAUACUUUCAAGUCAGUUAAGGUCAACUUAAGAUCUGUCUUGAAUUUCUAAAUGAUCUUUCUUGAACACUGAUAGACAUCAAGAGAUGUAAUUAUAUUCUCAACCUUUUUGUAUUGAUAGGAUUAACAUUUUUAUGAUUGCUAAAAACAAGUCUGUAUAAGUCAAUUUUCAAGUAAUGUUUUAUGAUGUUUCAAAUUUUAAAAUGUUGAAUUCCAAUUUCAGUCGCUUCAUUUAGCAUGUAAACCGUGGUAUGUAGUUAUGCUUUGUAUUCAAGUCAGCUUUUAUGGCUUAAGAGCCAUUGAUUAUUUUUUGUUUAAAACCUUUUCAAGCCAGGAAUGAAGGUACAUGCCUGUAAUCCCAACACUUCCAGGAGGCAAAGUUCAAGCCCAGCUUUGGGCAACUUUGUGACAGCUCAGAAAGAUGAAAAAUGGCCGUGGACUUAGCUCACACAGCUCAGUGUGACUGCCUCUAGUUCACUCCCCAGGACCAUGAAAGGAAGAAACAAAAACUUUCAUUAAUUCUUACUUUUGUGGUUAUAGACUGAACACUACCUUUUCCUUUUUUAUGGUAACUGCACAGACUAUUCGUCUUAUUUAGCCAGUACUACCACAAUGACACUAUCAUGGUGCCAAUGAAUUAACAAUUCUUUUAUCCUGUAAUAUUUUAAAUGUGUGAAUUUUAUAAAUCGAAUAAAAAUUUGAAAAAUUA